AAAAAAAAAAAAAAAAAAAAAACCAAAGCCGCAUGUGAUUUUUUGUGAGUCUGUGACAACCCCGUUACUCGUUUACUCCCUCGAUCGCCCCCUUCUUCGUUACUCUCGAAUGCGUUACUACUUAGUAGUACUUACCUCCUCUCCACGUCCCCGCACGUGCGCCCGCUCUCUUCUUAUUCCCCCAACCCCCAUUCAUUUGAUGAUCCAUUCAUUCAUUCAUGCACUGUCUCUUAUUAGCUUAUUAGCUAAUUAGCAGCAGGCAAGCCCGGCCAACAUUCAUUCAUUAAGAAAAAUAAAUGCCAGGAAGGGAGGAGAGGAAGAAGGAGAGGGGAAGGGUACCGGGGGUGUCGGUGUCGGUGGAGGUGGGGGUGGGGGUGCAGGUGCCGUGGCAUUUUCGGUGCCCGAUAUCGCUGGAGCUGAUGAGGGACCCGGUGACGGUGAGCACGGGGCAGACGUACGACCGCGCCAGCAUCGAGGCGUGGGUGGGGACGGGCCACACCACCUGCCCGGUCACGCGGGCGCCGCUCCCCGACCCGACGCUGAUCAUCCCCAACCACACCCUCCGCCGCCUCAUCCAGGACUGGUGCGUCGCCCACCGCUCCCUCGGCGUCGAGCGCAUCCCCACCCCCAAGCAACCCGCCGACCCCGCCCUCCUCCGCCUCCUCCUCUCCCAGGCCUCGUCGUCCUCGUCGUCGGCGGCGAGGGUCGCGGCGGUGCGAAGGCUCCGGGCGCUGGCGCGGGAGUCGGAGAAGAACCGCGCGGCGAUGGCGACGCGGGAGAUGAGGUCGGCGAUGGUGGAGAUCGCGUUCGAUGGGGAGGAGGAGGAGGAGGAGGAGGAGGAGGAGGAGGAAGGGGGGGGUUUGAUGGAUCUGGAGGCGGAGGCGAUGGGGGUGCUGGCGAUGGUGGGGGUGGGGGAGGAGGAGGCGGCGGCGGUGGCGNAAAAUCAGUGCAGCACAUCACAAGACAUGAUCUAUAAUUUCGAAACGGUGCCGCUGGCAUUUUCGGUGCCCGAUAUCGCUGGAGCUGAUGAGGGACCGGUGACGGUGGAGCACGGGGCAGACGUACGACCGCGCCAGCAUCGAGGCGUGGGUGGGACGGGCACACCACUGCCCGGUCACGCGGCGCCGCUCCCGACCGACGCUGAUCAUCCCAACCACACCCUCCGCCGCCUCAUCCAGGACUGGUCGUCGCCCACCGCUCCCUCGCGUCGAGCGCAUCCCCACCCCAAGCAACCGCCGACCCCGCUCCUCCGCCUCCUCUCUCCAGGCCUCGUCGUCCUCGUCGUCGGCGGCGAGGGUCGCGGCGGUGCGAAGCUCGGGCGCUGGCGCGGGAGUCGGAGAAGAACCGCGCGGCGAUGGCGACGCGGGGAGAGAGGUCGGCGAUGGUGGAGAUCGCGUUCGAUGGGGAGGAGAGAGGAGGAGGAGGAGGAGGAGGAGGAAGGGGGGCCGCGGCGGUGGUGGAGGCGCCGCGGCGGCGGGGCGCGCGGGCGGCGCUGGGUCGGCGAGGGCGUCAUCGAGGGGCUCGUGGCGCUCGUCGACGAGCGCGCGGCCUCCGCGGCGGCGGCGCGCGCGGGGGUGGCGGGCCUCUUCGCGCUGUGCCUCGCGAAGGAGAACCGCGCGCGCCGAUCGCGGGGGGCGGCGGCGGCGCUGAUGCGGCGCAUCGCGCGGGCGGGGGCGGGGGCGGGGGAGGAGCGGGCGCUGGCGACGGUGGAGCUGCUGUGCAGCGGAGGGGGGGAGGGAGCGGUGCGGCGAGGGGGCGGGGGAGCGGCGGCGGCGGUGGCGCGCUGGCGCGGGCGAUGGGGGCGGGAGGGCGGAGGGGCGCGCGAGCACGCGGCGGGGGCGCUGGCGGCGGUGGUGGGGGAGGGGGAGGAGGAGCUGCAGAAGGAGGCGGUGAGGGGCGGGGCGGUGACCACCCUCCUGCUGAUGGUGCAGGGCGGGUGCUGCUCCGAGCGCGGCAAGCGCAAGGCGCAGCUCCUCCUCAAGCUGCUCCGCUCCGCGUGGCCGCACCACGACGCCAUCGCCAACUCCGACGACUUCCUCCAACACUUCUGAUGAUAUGAUAUUUCAUCAUCACUACUAUUAUACAGUUUUCAGCCCCCCACAACAAUUAGAUUACUACUACUACUACUACUACUGCUACUACUACUACUAUAAUACAAAAUUCGAAUUCGAAUCUAAACCUUGUGAAUCUGAUUUUUGAUCAGCGAAAUCAGUUUUUGAUCUCCAUUUUGUUGUUUCUCAAAAUUUUCGAGUUUUAUGAGUAUAUAUAUAAAAUAUAUAUAUAUAUGUCUUUAUUAGGGGGUGUUUUUGGGAUCAGGGGAGGGUGUUCUUGUUUUGGGGUUCUUGAUUUUGGUGAGUGUGUAUGUAUGUUAUGUUGGAUUUUGAUGGAAAAAGGAACGGGGAGAAAACAUGAAUGACUUAAACUGUAUUCAUUUUCCUUUGAUUUUUUUUUUUUU